UGGAGAGAAUAAGACUAUUGUAGGAUUAGCGGAGUCAAGGCUACAUCAAGGGCUUCACGCGUGGCAGCACACGUGAGCACUCAGUGUGCAACCCGGGCUCACCACAUGCCCUCCACCACGCGGGACACGGACACACACAAGCUUACUCUGCGUUUGGUACCUGAUCAGAAGUGUGACCCCCAUCUUCCUCCCACCUAAAGGCCUGUAUCCUCUCUUCUGAAUUCCUCCUACCCUCCUGCCCACUCCCACCCACCCCCGCCCCUGGCCCCCGGCCCCUGUGUGGUCUGGAUGGGCCCCACAGGGGCAGGGACAGGGACAGGACGUGGGGCUGUAUCUGACAGGAACCUGAGGGGCUGGCCCGGGAGGGGACUGGGGCCCGGCUUCCUGAAGGGAGGAUGGGCUAAGGCAGGCUCACUCUGCCGGAGAAGAUGCCCUUCUGGGCCCUCUCGGUGGUCAUCUCCUGCCUCCUCCCGGCCCCCCAACACCUGGUGCAAGUCACCAGCCAAGAUGCCUCCUUGCUGGCCUCGGACUCAGAGUCUCUGAAAUGUUUCUCUCGAACAUUUGAGGACCUCACUUGCUUCUGGGAUGCGGAAGAGGCAGCGCCCAGUGGAAUCUAUCAGCUGCUGUACGCCUACCCAGGGGAGAAGCCCCGUGCCUGCCCCCUGAGUUCCCAGCGUGUGCUGCCCUUCGGAACCCGAUAUGUGUGCCAGUUUCCAGCCCAGGAUGAAGUGCGCCUCUUCUCUCAGCUGCACCUUUGGGUGAAGAACGUGCUUCGGAACCAGACUCUGUCCCAGCGGGAGCUCUUCGUGGACAGCGUGGGCCUGCCAGCUCCUCCCAGUCUCAUCAAGGCCAAGGGUGGGAGCCAGCCAGGGGAACUUCAGAUCAGCUGGGAGGCCCCAGCUCCUGAAUUCAGUGAAUUUCUGAGGCAUGAACUCCGCUAUGGCCCCAAGGAUGCCAGGAACGCCACGGGCCCCACAGUCACGCAGCUGCUGUCCACAGAAACCUGCUGCCCAGCUCUGCAGAGACCAAACUCAGCCCCAGCUCUGGACCGGCCUCCCUGUGCUCAGCCCAUGAUGCUCCGACAGGACGGACCAGAGCAGACCUCCCCAACUAGAGAAGCCCCCUCUCUGACAGUGAAGGGUGGACGCUGCCUCAUCUCAGGGCUCCAGCCUGGUAACUCCUACUGGCUCCAGCUACGCAGCCAACCUGACGGGGUCUCCCUCCAUGGCUCCUGGGGAUCCUGGUCCCUGCCUGUAACCGUGGACCUGCCUGAGGAUGCAGUGGAAAUCGGCCUGCAGUGCUUCACCUUGGACCUGAAGAAUGUUACCUGUCAGUGGCAGCAACAGGACCAUGCUAGCUCCCAGGGCUUCUUCUACCACAGCAGGACGCGGUGCUGUCCCAGAGACAGGGACCCCAUCUGGGAGAAGUGCGAAGAGGAGGACCAAAAUCCAGGACCACAGCCCUCCCGGCUCUCCCGCUGCCACUUCAAGUCACGAAAUGACAGUGUUAUUCACAUCCUCGUGGAGGUGACCACAGCCCAGGGUGCUGUUCACAGCUACCUGGGCUCCCCUUUCUGGAUCCACCAGGCUGUGCUCAUCCCCACUCCAAACUUCCACUGGAGGGAGGUCUCCAGCGGGCAGCUGGAAGUGGCAUGGCAGCACCCAUCAUCCUGGGCAGCCCAAGAGACCUGCUAUCAGCUCCGAUACAUCAGAGAAGGCCAUCAGGACUGGAAGGUGCUGGAGCCACCUCUCGGGGCCCAAGGAGAGACGCUGGAGCUGCGCCCGCGCUCCCGCUACCGUAUACAGCUGCGCGCCAGGCUCCACGGCCCCACCUUCCAAGGCCCCUGGAGCGCCUGGUCCGACCCGCUGAGGGUGGAGACCGCCUCCGACACCGCCUGGAUCACCUUGGUGACCGCUCUGCUUCUGGUGCUGGGCCUCAGCGCCCUCCUGGGCCUGCUGCUGCUGAGGUGGCAGUUUCCCGAGCACUACAGGAGCCUGAGGCAUGCGCUGUGGCCCUCCCUUCCAGACCUGCACCGGGUCCUAGGCCAGUACCUCAGGGAUGCUGCAGCCCUGAGUCCGCCCAAGGCUGCAGUCUCAGACGCCUAUGAGGAAGUGGAACCCGGCCUCCUUGAAAUCCUACCUAAGUCCUCGGAGAAGACUCCCUUGCCCCUGUGUUCCUCCCAGGCCCAGACGGACUACCGAGGAUGGCAGCCUUCUUGCCUGGGGACCCUGCCCCUGUCUGUGUGCCCACUGGCUGAGGCGGGGUCCUACUGCACCACUCACAUCGCCAACCAUUCCUACCUACCGCUCAGCUGCUGGCAGGCCCCUGGCUCCCAGUACCCAGGGCAGAUCCAAACCCUCUAGUCCUUCCCACCUUCUCCGCCCACCCCAUCCCAACAGCACAGCCAUCGCAGA